UGUAGCACCGAAUUUAAUUGUGUUGUGGUUUCAGUCAAUUUUGUUUCAUUGAAUCCUGCUAAUUUAUAGGGAUUUUUCCAAUAAUGUUUACUUUAUGGCCCGUGGGAUACUAUCACUUCUAUCAAAGUACAGGUGUGCUUAUGGAUUUAGGUCGAUUUCGUGUACUUCACCAGGAUUGCGUGUAUGGAGAUGCCUAAAAACUCAACAGCUAGGCAUGUCAAUGACAAUGUCAUGCAGCACAACUGUAAAUCCGUAUUAUUAUCCUCAUCAUGGCAGCGUGCCUAUACUGCUGUCACCCCGCGAAUGCAUAGUCCAAACGAGGCAUUAUGCCAAAGCCGCGAAGAAAGGCACUUGGAACGUCUCAACAAAAAAAAAGGAGGGAAACAAAAAAAACCCAAAGUUGAAUUACGAGAUGACGAAAUGAUGGUUGUUAUAAAUCCCGAAAAGCUGCGGAAGCAAAUGCAAGAAAUCAUAGAUGGGCUACAACAAGACUUCACCAAAAAUCUGUCACUUAGAACCUCUACAGGUGUUGUGGAUCAGUUAGAGGUGGAUUUUGAAGGUGAUACAUAUCCACUUAACCAACUUGCUCAGAUCGUCAUGAAGAACCCGAAUCUAAUGAUCAUCAACGUGGGAGCAUUUCCACAGGCAAUCCCAGCAGUUUUAACAGCUUUGAGAGAUUCUGGGAUGAACAUCAAUCCACAACAAGAAGCGAACAUGAUAUACAUACCAAUCACAAAGGUGACACGGGAACACAGAGAAAGCCUUGCCAAAUCUGCUCGGAUGCUGUGUGUGAAAACCAAGGAAAGGCUUAGAGACCUUCAGAACCGUUACAUCAAGGAAUGCGGAAAGAAGAAAGAUGGCGUAUCAGAAGAUCUGAUAUAUAAUGUUAAACAAACGAUUCAACACAGAACAGAAGAAUUUAGUCAAAAAGCAGAGCACCUAAUGGAAGUGAAACAGAAGGAGUUGUUAGGUGGCAAGUAGAAUUACAAAAUCAUGGUGUAUAAUAAGAAAAAAAAACUAGAACUUUGUAAAAUCAAAUAUAAAUUUAUUUCAUAAAACAACAA